AUGACCGAAGGACGAGGAAGCGGCGAGCUGGAGGGCAGCACGCUCGGCAGCGGCUCGCGCGAUGGAGAUGGGACGAGACGCAGUCGACGGACAUUAAGCUCGGGUUCUUUUCUUGUCGACUCAUCCUUCCUCCCCAAGUCAAGGAGCCUCCGGAUCAGUUCUCAUCGACCACGGCGCUCGGAACCGGAUCGCAACGAGAAGCGUGGCGCGCCGGAGAGUGAUAUCUCGGUGUCUAAGAAACGGUCGCGAUUUCCCUGGAAUCGACAUAGAGAAUCCCUUGGAGGGUCCUCAGUGAUAGCAACCUCUGCCGAAAAUGCCAGUCGAUCAGAGAGGUCCGGUUCAUCACCUGCGCGACAACCUACACCACCAGACCCACAACCACCGAGAGCGAACAACGCCGAGCCUGCAGCAGGCCUUGACCAAGACUCUCUUCAGAUUGUAAACUUAGCGUUGAACCUGAGCGAGUCCAGGAGGAGGAAUAAUAUACCUCGAUCGGUGUCCACCCGUCUGUCAGGGUCCGGGUGGACAGGUGCGUCAGGGCAGACGUCGGUCUCCUUCCAAGACACUCCGACACGCGCUACGGGAGGCAGCACUGGAUACCAGGCUCCUCAUACACAUCGUAAUCUCACGCAGACAUCCGGCCUCCCACCAGGUUCCCGUGGGGAAUCGGUCACACAUGAGCCUUCAUCCGUACUGAAUCUACUACCAAACGCUGCUGCUAGUGAAACGCUGCCGCCUGUGUUCUCAGAGAGCACACUUGCUCGAACCGAGAGAGCUCGUCGCCAUUUCGAGCUUUUUCAUCUCUACCUGCGACUUUUGCCCUCGCUCCCUCCUCUAAGACAUCAUGGCAUGCAUGACACUGCUGGUGGUUCCUCGACCUCAAAUGAUGGUCUUCCUCCGGGACGUGUCUAUAAUCCUCUUCAGGCUAUUCGAGACAGAAAAGUUCGGUUUCGUGAGAGACGUCCAAUUGAUCCGGAGUCUGAGGGUUGGUAUGAUGUUGAUCGAGUGCAUGCAUGGGUGGAGUCGAUACAGUCUCAGUAUGGCGAGACAAGUCAUAUGUCCACUGAGUGCCUGAAGCUGCCACCGUUCCAGCGUGGCCCGGGGGAUCCUCCACCGGAAGAAUUAGACGAUGGAGAUAUCCUGGCGGCAUCACCCCCUUCAAGCCUAAGGAGGAUUAGUCGUACUAGCAGCAUGAAAGCUCGAAGACCGAGACUUGACUGGAUCAUCUCUCCGACAGAGCUUCUUGCUGAUGCUGCCUGGGUUGAAGAUGGCCAGAACAAGGCUAAGAUUGUCGACAACAACGGGUCCCUUCUGUAUCCUAAUCCCGCGGAAUUACUUCAUGCCGGGUUCAAACAUUUCCCCCCUUACGCUGAGUCGCAACAGCCGGGCAAGCCGGCAUCUGAACGUGCUCAUGCUCCCAGCUCCACCGCCUCACUCUCAGAUGCUCAUCCCACCCAAGAACUCGAGUUCAAAAGUUUGAGUCGUGGGAGGCGGCGACAUAGAUUUCAGGCCUCUUCACAUGGCCCCCACAGCAGGAGUGUUUCUAUGACGGGAAUAAGCACCGGAGAUCGAAGACUUGGGUUACGAUCAAGUAGCGCAUCUAGCGUCUCUACCGCCGGCGAUAAGCCGUUUUGGUAUGCGAAUAGCAAGGAACAGCCAAGGGUUAGCCGAGCUCGAGAUUCUCUGGUGAAGCAGUCAAUCACUGUGAAUAAGGAGGAUCGCGGUCUAAAUACAAAGCCUUUGCCUUCUCAAAAUCCCGGGGCAGACUGGCCGUCAUGGGCCAAACUGGAUGGGAGGAACGGCUCGCUGUCGUCCGCUGCGAGCGUCGAUCAACGUCUUGAUCCCUUUGCAUCGGGUCCGCUGACUGCUACUUCUAGCUCGCAUGUCCCGCUUGGUUAUUUCCCAAGCAUUGCAUCUAAUCUAUCCCCCCCAUCAAGUCGCUCACCCUCACCCUCCAAGAGGCACUUUGCGCACGGGAUCAUCUCGCGACAUGAGCGAAGCAAGAGUCGCUCGCGCCUGCAAGAAGUUGAUCCAGAUAGAUUGGCUUCUGGUGCGAUUCCUGCUGACGAUCUAGGCGAUGUCGGUCAUCGUGCUCGCAAACUUGAGUCAAGUCCACUCCCAGAUCAUCUAUCCCCGUUGUAUGACGAACGAGGGCGGAUCCACACCCAUGCGCGAAAGGUGUCUAUGCACGCUGAAUCUCGAUUACGCGGAAUCUUCAAAGGUCCAGGGAAGAUUGCCGAACGCGUUGGCAAUGAGGUCUCAAAGAUGGGCGAUCGAAUCUUAAAGAUAGAUACCUUGGCCCACUCAAGGAAUUCGUCCUUGGAAACGAGCGUUCCUUCUGAGGGGAGCACCUUCGAUGAUAUUGACGAAACGAAAGAUGAGAAGAAGUCGGGGGCCAAGGGCCUUUUACGUCGCCUUCCCACCUUCUUGGACGAGAUUCCCCGCAAGAAUCCUGAAAGGGGGUCCGCAAAAAACCUCAUUCCACCUUUCACCACCCCGACUCGUCGUAGCGAUCUGGAUGAGGAGCAUAGGCCAUCCGAGAACGGCACACCUUCCAAGCAGGGUCCAGGGGUACCAUUUUAUGAUGCACAAGAGCCUCUGGAGAAGUCGCUUGCUGCAACGGGCCCACACAGGAAGCACGAUGUCUUUGCUUCUAUGGAGAAAAUCGGGGAUAACAGAAAGUUUGAACCCGAGGUUCACACUGUCCGGGAGCAAAUCAAGAAAGGUCGCAUCAAAGAUCCAUCGGUACCGUUCAGUAUGACUCGACCUCCGGUCACUGGUCUCGCGCAAGCAGAAGCCUCCGCAGCACAACCUCCGCGGGAUAGACGCCGUGAUGCUUCGACUCAGUCAGGGACUUGGAGCAUCUCACACCGCAGCAUAUCAUCUGCGAGGGACUCGGGCAUCCCUGACAAAAGAGAAAUUGAGCGCACCCGGGCACUUCUUCUCACGUCAGGCAUCAAAGCGCGGGAAAUCACUCGGCGGGCAGAAUUGGUACGCACGCCGCCGCCGGACUUUCUCCAAGAAGCAUUCGGCCGUAGUAAUCCUGUACCACGCGUUAUCCGUCGUUGUGAAUUCAAUGUGACCGCCCAGGGGUUGCUGCAGCGGUUCGAGAAGACCCACCGUCAACUCCAGCGCUCUGUAGACCGUUUCCCUGCUGAUGCUGCUCCGCUGAAAACGCAGCUCGCUCGGCUGGAGGACAAGAUCAACCAUUCGCUUGCGCCGCGUGUUCGAGCGGCGACAGACGACGCGGAUAAACUCAGCGUCGACCUCAAUACGACCAGUACGCUCGCGGUGAAGCAGUUGAGCGACAAGCUCGAUAAGAGUAUCCGAAAGCGUCAUCGCCGGUUGCGCUGGCUGCGGCGGACAGGGUUCGUCAUGCUUGAAUGGGCGCUUGUCGGAAUGUUAUGGUGGGUGUGGCUGAUUGUGAUGGCAUUCAAGGUGCUCCGAGGUAUCCUUUGUGGAGCGCUAUCUGGCAUCCGAUGGGUUCUCUGGUUGUGA